CCGGGGCCAGCAAGAAAAGGCCAUACAUGUUCAAAAACCAGCUGAUGUUUCUUCGUGAGGUCAUGGAGCUGCGUCCGACAGAGGACAACCUACCAGAAGAAGAGGCGGAGUCUGCACCGCAGAUGUCCAGUGCAUGUGAGGAAGAGACUCCCUCUGGUCCAUCACAGGUGGACACAGCACCAGGACAAAGCACUGCACCAUCCAGACCACCACCUGUUUCUGGAGCAGAUUCCCCCCCCAUGCCUUUGUCUCUUCCAAGCAGGCCCAGACGACGGGCAACCACUCCUGCCGAUACUAAUGUUAAUCUGCAGGUGCUGGAUUAUUUAUCCAGAGCCCGGCAUGAGGAUGAGUUCGACCAUUAUGUGCGUAGUAUGGGCUCAUAUUUGCGCAGGCUGCCUCCAGAACGAGUUUUGCGCACCAAAGCUGCUCUAAAUAUAGUUUUGGAUGCAGCCACUCCCCCCAAUGACCCACAUAUCGUUUUUGAGGGCCUUGAAAAUUGGCGGCUCCAUGGGAACUUGUAUGGCCCCCAACCGAUGCCAGUUUCCCAGCACUCCCAGCCUUCGCUGCCGGCUCCGCCUCCAAUGCAACCGCCAAGGGGACAUUAUGGGCCACCUCCUCGCCCAUAUGGGCAACAUUAUCAGGUAGAUUCUGCAUAUGGGCAGUCUGCACCCAUCACUUCGCAGCCUGGAUCAUCGCAGUACUCUGGCCCCCCUUCCCAACCACCCUACCCUAUGCCACAGUAUCAGGCCCCACCAUCACCAUCUACACAUUAUACCAAUUUAUAAAAGUUAUGUUAUUUUUAAUUUCUGUAUGAAAAGAAUUUUAUUUUGAGAAAAGUCAA